UUUGUUAACUUUUAAAACUGAAAAAUAUAUUUAUGUUUUACUUUAAAGCUUUUGAAGUAAAACUUGAAUUUAUGAUUCUUUGGCAAUUCAUUGCACAAAAUUUCAAUACACUGUCAAUAUACUGAGGUAAACGAAAACAUUCAAACAAGCAACAAUAAAAAAAAAGGAAAAAAAAACAUUUAAGAAAACUAGGCAAGGCAAGCAACAGAAGUAUAUGAUUAGAAAACAUAAUUUUUUUCAAAAUUUUUUAUAUUUAAUGUCAGUUUUCUUUAUUUCUUAUGGCGAGUUCAAGUUUUUAUCUUUCGUUAAUCGCGUUGAUGAAAAAUCAAAAAUCACUUUUUUAUCUAUGAGGAGAAUUACUGAAACACGCUUAGUGUCAAAUGCUAUAUUGCUUAACAUGAGUGCAUCUCAUCAAUCAUUAUGUAUGAACAGAUGUAUUAAAACUACCAACUGUACUUCGUAUAAUAUUUUUAAAAACAAUGAAAGUUUGUUUCAAUGUCAGUUAUUAUCGGAAAAUAAAUAUUCAAAUUCAAAUCAGUUAGAAAAAAACAAUGGUUGGACUCAUGCCAGUAUCCAGAAUAUUCCGUGUGAAAGAUCACCCUGUAAAAAUAAUAGUACGUGCAUACCAGACUAUGCUGAAAAUAGCUUUUUUUGCAUUUGUUCUCCAACAUAUAUAGGACCAUUUUGUGAAAAAGAACUAUUUAAAAUUAUUUCUUUACCAUUAAAUAAUUUGGGGUGCUGGAAAGAUGAAUUAAACUCUGCUAUGACAACACUCGAAGGAUCAUCAACAAUACUCGAUGGCUUCUACAGAAAUCGUGCAGAUGCUAUUAAAAAAUGUUAUGAGGCUGCCAAAGAACGAGGGUUCACAAUAUUUGAUGUUCGUGAUGGAGGUUAUUGCUCUGCUUGCAAUGAUGGCGCGUACAGAAAAGGUGGUUUAUCGAAUCUCUGUAAUGAGAAUGGAAAAGGAAACGUAAUGUCAAACCAGGCAUACAUAAUUACUGAAAAACUGUUAUAUAAGUAUGCAGGUUGUUGGAAAGAUAGUUCUUCCAGAGCUUUAACACUUUUAGAAGGUUCAACUGCAGUUCUUGAUAAUUUUUAUCAGUACCGCGUUAAAGCUAUUGCGAAAUGUUAUAUUGCAGCAACUGAACGCAACUAUGAACUUUUUGCUGUUCAACACGAUGGCCAAUGCUUUGCAGGAAAUGGCGUUUCUUACCAAAAGUAUGGAAUUGCAAACAAUUGCAAUAGAAAUGGUGAGGGUGGUGGUUAUGCUAAUGCUGUUUACAUAGUUAACUUUGAUUAAUAUUAAGCAUAUCACAACAAUUUCGUUACCAUUUCCCUGAUGUUGUUUUUAUGAUGUUUCCCUGUUAUCAUUUCCCUGAUGUUAUUUUUUAUGCAUUUUGUUAAAACCAAAUAAAAUGGAUUAAAAUGACUAAAUACUUUUAUUCAAAAGGGAAAACAGUUUAUAAGUAUAUAAAUGAGAUUUUGUGUAACAGGCAAGACUAACAGAGUUAUCUCAUCAUAAAGGCUUAUCAACAGGUUUAUUAACAGAGCGCUAUAUUGUAGUAGAAGAGAUUUUGGCUUUGGCAAUUAAUCCCGUUACCUAAAUAAUUUUAGUUUUUUUGACUAAAAUAUUAUCUGUUAAAGCCGUUUUUCUUAAAAAUGAAACAAAAGUAUCAAAAGAAAUAAGAAGACCAUGGAUUUAUAAACUGAUAGUUACGAUGAAGUAAAAUAAGUCAAAGGCUUAACAGUAUAAAUUUGAAAAUUUAUACUGUUAAGUAAAAUUUUUCAUAUUAAAAGUGUUGAACAUUAUACGUCAGUAUGUUACAAUACAAGCUGAUCAAUACAGCCUGUAUAUACCCGAGAAAACUGACAAAAAAAUACCAGAAUAGCAGUUUCUCAAAAACUGUAAAGUCUUCUUAUUAUUUGGUGCGUGUAAAGUGGAAAAGGUUUAAAUAAA